AAUCAUGUGCAGGAUUGUGAUGUGGGGCCCACUUAUUCAGCGUGAUUAUUGUUCUUCUAUUGCCACUUGUGUGCACUCUACUGUACUUAUUUAGAUUGUUAUCUGAUUCAAUAGUUGACCCAAGCCAAAUUAGUUUUUUGUUUUGCCACAUUUGACAGAGGAAACACAUACAAUAAGGGAUUUCAUUUUCCUAAGGCCCCGUUUGUUUCUUCACAUUUUGAGGAAUUGGAAUCUAGCUAAUGGAGUAUAUUAUUUUUUUUAGAAUGUGAUAUUACACAAUUUUUCAAAUUUUAUAUAUAAAUCUAUCCCCAAUUCAUAAGGUGAGAGAUGAAAAUUGAUUCUGCUACAUUUCUAAUGUACAAUUUAUAACACAUUCUUAUACUUCCUUCUUUAUAGCAUAAAUGUAGUAUCGGGAUAAUAAACAAAUAUAUUACAUAUAUAAAUAUAUUAACUUAAUUAGUUUUGUCUAAAUUAUACUUAUUAUAAUGAAAUUCAAUUCCAACAAAAUAAACGGGGCUAAGGAAAUUAGUUCAUUUUUCUUUUAAUAAAAUAGGAAUUCUUUGGAAAAAUUGAUUUCCUAAACUAGCCCUAAUAUGGUACUCGCUGCUAAUGCGACCACAGGGAUAACUUCCCAGUGUGUGUUCUAUUCUUAGUUUCUCUGAUCGGCUCCAAAUUGCCUUGUUCCCAUGGUUUAUUUGGACUCGAGGUCUCUCACUGAUGAUGGAUGUAGGCAGUGUUCAACAAUAUCAGGCAGGUGUUUUUUUUCCUUUUUUUCAUAACAUGAUUCAUCUGACUUAUGUUUCUGUAGGUUGUUCAUCUGACUUAUGAUGACCUAUGAUUUAUCUGACUUAUUGCUUUGCUUGAAAGAAAUUUUAAAAAUCAUCCGAAAUUCGCCUCAUGAAACUGACUCGGCUGAAGUACCAUGCACAGGAAGCUUUCUCGUACCAUCACUGCAAUCGUCGACCCCACAUGGCAGCGAAACGGAAACGGACGCGACACGCUGCAACGUUCGGGAGUACCAGCGACGAACCCAAUCCCAAUCCCUAUCUUCCGAGAUUUGUCUGCGCCCCUGCGGCGCGCAUGGCGCCACGACUGACCGUGGCCUUGGGCGGCGCUCGGGCAUGAGUACAUGGCGCUCGGUGGCCUCGCGUCGCGUUACUCACCCACCGGCACCGCGCCACGGCCGCGUUCGUCUCAACAGGAGCCGAUGGCCACUCUCGCGCCACGGCCACAUAUCCUCCUCGGCUUGACAAGGCCGCAGCCCAUAGCGCUUCGUGCCUGCGCCGCCUUCUCCCGCUCCCGCCACGCGCCAGUCCCACCGCGGGCCGCGCAGCCGCGGCGCGUCUUCCUCGGCCUUGGCGCUGCCUUCAUCGACCAGGCCACCCGCAUGGCCUCCGGCGGCACCUCGUCCCGCUCUUUCGUUGCCGGAGCGCGGCCGAGGCAAGGCGUUUCCCCAGUCGAGCAGAUUCUCAAGAAUGUCGAGUGGCCAGAUGAGUUCCCUUUCAAGCCUGAGGACUUCAGCCGCUUCGACGAAUCAUCAGAUACUCUGUUCUACUCGGUUCCACGUUUUGUCACUCACAUUGAUGACCAAGCAAUCCAAGCUCUCACAGAGUACUAUUCUGAAGUUCUUCCUCCAAGUAAUACUCCUGGGGUGGCCAUUCUGGACAUGUGCAGCAGCUGGGUCAGCCAUUAUCCUCCCGGUUACAGACAAGAGAAGAUCGUGGGGAUGGGUAUGAAUGAAGAUGAACUGAAAAAGAACUCGGUACUGACUCAGUAUGUCGUGCAAGACCUCAAUGUGAACCCAAAGCUUCCUUUCGAAGAUAACACUUUUGAUGUUAUCACCAAUGUGGUUAGUGUAGAUUACCUUACAAAGCCAAUAGAUGUUUUUAAGGAGAUGCGACGAAUACUCAAGCCAAGCGGCCUUGCCAUAAUGAGCUUUUCAAACCGGUGCUUUUGGACAAAAGCUAUAUCUAUAUGGACCUCAACUGGUGAUGCUGAUCAUGCAUGGAUAGUUGGUGCUUACUUCCAUUAUGUUGGAGGUUUUGAACCUCCCCAGGCACUUGAUAUAUCUCCUAAUCCAGGACGAACUGACCCAAUGUAUGUUGUAUGCUCGAGAAAGAAAAUAGGGUAACUAAACAAUAUAUUUGGCAAGUGUGCAUAUAUAUUUGCAGUGCUAUCAAGAAACAAAUAGAAGGAAAAAUACAAGAAGCAAGUUGUUUGGCCCUGAUCGCAGGACCUAUUGGUGAGCUGAUGUUUCCGUGAGUAAUGUAACGACAGAAAAAAGAAGCAACUACUACAUAAACUAUUUAUAGAAGCGGCAGAUUCACUUCAUAGGUUGUAGCAACUGUCUUUACUAAAAGUGUGUUUGGUUUGAGGAAUGAAGUGAUCCAUCUUCUUCUCACUC